CUGUUUUAUCCGCCGCCCCCCUCCACCUUCCCACCCCCCCUCUCCGGGAGUCUUAUUAAUUUCUCCGCGGGGCUGCAGCUGGAGACGGCGAAGCAUUGGAAAUUAUGCUUGGAGCUUUCAUUACCGCAGCCGCCGGACAAGAGUGAGGAACGCUGACGGGGAAAAGGACUGGAUACGGGGAGAAGGAGCCAGAAGCUUCCCCUUCCCCACUUUCUUCCCAAUUUGGACUGGAGGCGCUGGGAAACUAAAAGGAGAGCCGAUCAGAGCCGGGCUGGGGCGAGAGGCCGGAAACCUACCGCCUCUUUGCAAGCAACUUUUUUUUGGGAAACCUUCCCCCCCUCCACCACCACCCCCCUUCCUUUUUAUUGUCGCCCGACCAGAGAGAGAGUGAGGCGGGGAGGAGAGAGCGGGCGAUCGCGCGGGGACAUCGCUGCAGUCCGGCCAGGAGCUCCACGCUCAAACGCGAGCGCCUCUCCCCCGCGCGCACUCCCGCGCACACUCGCCCCCUCCGGCCCGGCCCGGCCCCACGGCCGCGGACUCCCUCGCCCGCCGCGCUCGGAGCCGGUGCACCGCGCGCCCCCACGCGCGCCUGGCUGACGGGUCUCCUCCGGGUGCCCGAAAGGGGCGAUGCCAUUUGGACAUGUAACUGUCAGCACGGGAUCUGAGACUUGCACACAAUGAAGCUGGCGGCGGGACUGUGCGUCUGGGUGAGCCUUCUGGUGGCGGCGGGGACCGUCCGGCGCAGCGCUUCGCAGUCAGUGUGUGCAGGAACAGAGAAUAAGCUGAGCUCUCUCUCUGACCUGGAGCAGCAGUAUCGAGCCUUGCGCAAGUACUAUGAGAACUGUGAGGUAGUCAUGGGCAACCUGGAGAUAACCAGCAUCGAGCACAACCGGGACCUCUCCUUUAUGCGGUCUAUUCGAGAAGUCACAGGCUACGUGUUAGUGGCUCUUAACCAGUUUCGUUACCUGCCUCUGGAGAAUUUACGCAUUAUUCGUGGGACAAAACUGUAUGAGGAUCGAUAUGCCUUGGCAAUAUUUUUAAACUACAGAAAAGAUGGCAACUUUGGGCUUCAAGAACUUGGAUUGAAGAACUUGACAGAAAUCCUAAAUGGUGGAGUCUAUGUAGACCAGAACAAAUUUCUUUGUUAUGCAAACACAAUUCAUUGGCAAGAUAUUGUUCGGAAUCCAUGGCCUUCCAACUUGACUCUGGUGUCAACAAAUGGUAGCUCAGGAUGUGGACGUUGCCAUAAGUCCUGUACCGGCCGAUGCUGGGGACCCACAGAAAACCAUUGCCAGACUUUGACAAGGACGGUGUGUGCAGAACAGUGUGACGGCAGGUGCUACGGACCCUAUGUCAGUGACUGCUGUCAUCGAGAGUGUGCUGGAGGCUGCUCAGGGCCUAAGGACACCGACUGCUUUGCCUGCAUGAAUUUCAAUGACAGUGGAGCUUGUGUGACUCAGUGUCCCCAAACUUUUGUCUACAAUCCAACCACCUUUCAACUGGAGCAUAACUUCAAUGCAAAGUACACAUAUGGAGCAUUUUGUGUCAAGAAAUGCCCUCAUAACUUUGUGGUCGAUUCCAGUUCUUGUGUGCGUGCCUGCCCUAGUUCCAAGAUGGAAGUGGAAGAAAAUGGGAUUAAAAUGUGCAAACCUUGUACUGAUAUUUGCCCAAAAGCAUGUGAUGGCAUCGGCACGGGAUCACUGAUGUCCGCACAGACUGUGGAUUCCAGCAACAUCGACAAGUUCAUAAACUGCACCAAAAUCAAUGGGAAUUUGAUCUUCCUUGUCACUGGUAUUCAUGGGGACCCUUACAAUGCAAUUGAAGCUAUAGACCCAGAGAAACUGAAUGUAUUUCGGACAGUUCGAGAGAUAACAGGUUUCUUGAACAUACAGUCAUGGCCCCCAAACAUGACUGACUUCAGUGUUUUCUCUAAUCUGGUGACCAUUGGUGGAAGAGUACUCUAUAGUGGCCUCUCCUUGCUUAUCCUCAAGCAACAAGGCAUCACUUCCCUGCAGUUCCAGUCCCUGAAGGAAAUCAGUGCAGGAAACAUCUAUAUUACUGACAACAGCAACCUGUGCUACUAUCACACCAUCAACUGGACGACGCUCUUCAGCACCAUCAACCAAAGAAUAGUGAUUCGGGACAAUAGGAAGGCUGAAAACUGUACUGCUGAAGGAAUGGUGUGUAACCAUCUGUGCUCAAGCGAUGGCUGUUGGGGACCUGGACCAGACCAGUGCCUGUCCUGCCGUCGCUUCAGCAGGGGCAGGACCUGCAUAGACUCUUGUAACCUCUAUGAUGGAGAAUUUCGAGAGUUUGCGAACAGCUCCAUCUGUGUGGAGUGUGACCCCCAGUGUGAGAAGAUGGAAGAUGGCAUCCUCACAUGCCAUGGACCGGGACCUGACAACUGUACAAAGUGCUCCCAUUUUAAGGAUGGCCCAAACUGUGUGGAAAAAUGUCCAGAUGGCUUACAGGGGGCAAACAGUUUCAUUUUCAAGUAUGCCGAUCAGGACCGGGAGUGCCACCCCUGCCACCCCAACUGCACGCAGGGGUGUAGCGGUCCCACUAGUCAUGACUGCAUUUACUACCCUUGGACGGGCCAUUCCACUUUACCACAACAUGCUAGAACUCCUCUAAUUGCAGCCGGAGUCAUUGGAGGGCUCUUUAUCCUGGUCAUCAUGGGUCUAACGUUCGCAGUUUAUGCAAGGAGAAAGAGCAUCAAGAAGAAAAGAGCCUUGAGAAGAUUCCUGGAAACAGAGUUGGUAGAACCCUUAACUCCAAGUGGCACAGCGCCCAAUCAAGCUCAACUUCGUAUUUUGAAAGAAACUGAACUCAAAAGAGUAAAAGUACUUGGUUCAGGUGCUUUUGGAACCGUGUAUAAAGGUAUCUGGGUACCUGAAGGAGAAACAGUGAAGAUUCCCGUAGCUAUUAAGAUUCUUAAUGAAACAACUGGUCCCAAAGCCAAUGUGGAAUUCAUGGAUGAAGCUCUGAUCAUGGCAAGUAUGGACCAUCCACAUUUAGUCCGGUUGUUGGGGGUGUGUCUGAGCCCCACCAUUCAGCUGGUGACACAGCUUAUGCCCCACGGCUGCCUGUUGGAUUAUGUCCAUGAACACAAGGAUAACAUUGGUUCCCAGCUGCUGCUUAACUGGUGUGUCCAGAUAGCUAAGGGAAUGAUGUAUCUGGAAGAAAGACGGCUUGUUCAUCGCGAUCUGGCGGCCCGUAAUGUCUUAGUGAAAUCUCCAAACCAUGUUAAAAUCACAGAUUUUGGACUAGCCAGACUCUUGGAAGGAGAUGAAAAGGAGUAUAAUGCUGAUGGAGGAAAGAUGCCGAUUAAAUGGAUGGCUUUGGAGUGUAUACACUAUAGGAAAUUCACCCAUCAGAGUGAUGUUUGGAGCUAUGGAGUCACCAUAUGGGAACUGAUGACAUUUGGAGGAAAACCCUACGAUGGAAUUCCAACCCGAGAAAUCCCUGAUUUAUUAGAGAAAGGAGAACGUUUGCCCCAACCUCCUAUCUGCACUAUUGACGUUUACAUGGUCAUGGUCAAAUGUUGGAUGAUUGAUGCUGACAGUAGACCAAAAUUUAAGGAACUGGCUGCUGAAUUUUCGAGGAUGGCUCGGGACCCUCAAAGAUAUUUAGUUAUUCAGGGUGAUGAUCGUAUGAAGCUUCCCAGUCCAAACGACAGCAAGUUCUUUCAGAAUCUCUUGGAUGAAGAGGAUUUGGAAGAUAUGAUGGAUGCUGAGGAAUACCUGGUCCCUCAGGCUUUCAACAUCCCACCUCCCAUCUAUACGUCCAGAGCAAGAAUUGACUCAAAUAGGAGUGAAAUUGGACACAGCCCUCCUCCCGCCUACACCCCCAUGUCAGGAAACCAAUUUGUGUACCGAGAUGGGGGUUUUGCUGCAGAACAGGGAGUGCCCGUGCCCUACAGAGCCACGACCAGCACCAUCCCAGAAGCUCCCGUUGCUCAGGGGGCCACAGCCGAGAUGUUUGAUGACGCCUGCUGUAAUGGCACCCUACGCAAGCCAGUGGCACCCCAUGUCCAAGAAGAUAGCAGCACCCAGAGGUACAGUGCCGACCCCACGGUGUUUGCCCCGGAGCGGAGCCCACGAGGAGAGCUGGAUGAGGAAGGCUACAUGACCCCUAUGCGAGACAAACCCAAACAAGAAUAUCUGAACCCUGUCGAGGAGAACCCGUUUGUCUCUCGGAGAAAAAACGGAGACCUUCAAGCUUUGGAUAAUCCCGAAUACCACAAUGCUUCCACUGGUCCACCCAAGGCAGAGGAUGAGUAUGUGAAUGAGCCACUGUACCUCAACACCUUUGCCAACACGCUGGGGAACGCCGAGUACCUGAAGAACACCGUACUGUCUGUGCCGGAGAAGGCCAAGAGAGCGUUCGACAACCCUGACUACUGGAACCACAGCCUGCCCCCGCGGAGCACCCUGCAGCACCCAGACUACCUGCAGGAGUACAGCACAAAAUAUUUUUAUAAACAAAAUGGACGGAUCCGGCCGAUCGUGGCGGAGAAUCCCGAAUACCUCUCUGAGUUCUCCUUGAAGCCAGGCACUGUGCUGCCUCCUCCACCCUACAGACACCGGAAUACUGUGGUGUAAACUCAACCGUGGUUUUAAGGUGGAAAGACAUGCCCGCUCCAAUUUCCCUGCCACCUCUCUUUCUCUUACGGUCUCCCUUCUACUCCCAAGGCCAGUAGUUUUGAAACUUCCCAGGGGAAGCUGUAGAGAUGCAAUGAUAGUUAUGUGCUUACCUAACUUGAACAUUAGAAGGAAGGACUGAAAGAGAAAGACAGGAAAAACCACACUGUUUCUUCAUUUCUCUGCAUGGGUUGAUCAGGCGACAGAACCAGCAAAGGCAAGGCAAUACUGCCUGCUGCCAAACAAGUUUUCAAAUGUUUUCUUUUUUCAAGUUUCUUUCUAUUUCUUUUUUUUAAAUGCGGAGUCUUGAGAGACCCAUGCUAUCUGUUCCUGUCUACAGGAACUGAUGUGUACAGUUUCAGCAUCCCUGAAAGCCCUAAUAACCUUUACAUUAGAAUAAGUAAAAGAUAACCUUUUCUAUAAUAUGUAAUAUAACAGAUGGAGAAUCCAAAUUUCUUUCUCCCACUGUUUCUAUCCUGACAAGCAAGAGUGGCUAACUCAGCUUUCAUUCCUGAAUCUGCAUCAGAGUUAUAACUAGCAAUCUUGUUUGGAGGGCUUUCUUGUGUGGUUUUUUAUUAUUUUAUUUUCCUUUUUGUUUUUGCUUUGCUCUAGUCCUUCACGUUACUACUUUCUCCCCUAUUUUUGGCUUUAAUUUCUAAUUGCAAAGAUUUUUUAUGCAUUGCUAUAAAUUAUCAAAAUUCUAAAAAGGAAGUGGAAUGGCCACUAUUUUAAAUAUAUUGUCUUUAAAAUUAGAAAGGGAGGCCAAGAUGUUAGUCAAAUAUAGCAUCAAAUCUCACUUGUUUUUGAGUUUACACUAUUGAACAUGUACCACCCCCAUUCCUUUUCAUCCUUCAAUGUUUUCUUCUCCUCCAUAAAUGACAGUACUUGAUAGGCAGUUGGUAAUUUUUAAAAAAGAAGGGAAACUAAGAGACAGUUCUGUGUGGUUCAUGAAGACUACUGAUAUUUUCAGGGGUGAUCCAAUGGGGAAUCCAUUGAACUGGAAGAAACACACUGGAUUGGGUAUGUCUACCUGGAAGAUACUCAGAAAUGUAGUUUGCACUUAAACUAUCAUUUUAUUUGUUCUCUUUCUGAACUCCAUUUUGGAUUUUGAAUGAAGCAAUAUGGAAGCAACCAGCAAAAUAGCUAAUUUAAGCACAUUUUUAAAAAAGUGCUUAAAGAAAGAAAGACUAUGGAAAUACCAAACCAAGCAAAUUAGGACUUUGGAACAGUAUCCAGGGAUUAUGAUGACAGGGACAGCACGUUAUCUACAUGUGAUAUCACAUUUGCUACGCAAGGAAAGUUGUCCAGUUUGUAUACUGAAUAUUAAGAAAUGCAAGUAACGAUGGGCUUGAAUUCUAUGGAAUUUCUAGUAUGAGACUCUAUUUAUAAUAAGGGGAAGGUAACUCUUUGCACAUAAAUUGGUAUAACAAAAAAAGAAAUACAAGCAUUCACAGCUUAUAGAUAGAUCCUUGGGGCAAAAUUGUAAAUAAACCUGAAAAAUAUUCUCAUGUAAUUAUUUUAAUAUCCCACAUACUAAUCUUUUGAUACUUUAUAUAAUAACUCCUUUCCUCAAACACAGCAUCCUAGUAAUAGGACCAUCUUUAUUAUGUAUUGUUUCAAGAGAAUACCUGCUGAGUUAAUAUGAUUAAUGGGAACAAAUGGUAGGAAUGAGUCUCCAGAAAAAGGGAACCUCAGAUCAAUUAUUAGGAAAAUUGGAUAUGUCUCUCUUUUCUAAAAAAAUCCAUCCCAGGUCAUUUGGAUUUAAAAUUUUUUUUCUAAUGUUGACAUAGUGGGAUCAAAUUUGACUCUAUUAUAAGAAUCUCCAAAUGGUAAAACAGAGAAUUUAGAGGGGAGAAUGCAAAAGAAAAAAAAAAUCUAGGUUUCUGCUUGUUUUGAAAAUGUAAAUCCAUUAAUACCUUCAACUUAUUUUUUCAAUUAAUAUUUAUUUAGAGUCUAUUAAAAGCACUGUGUUAUGUGGGAAAUACUGAGAUAAAUGUAAUAUUAUUCCUAACUUAAACAUUUUAGUCUAGAUUUAUUUGGGAUGACACUUGAAUUUCUUCAUAAAUUUAAAGAAUAAGAUUGCAUGAACUUUUUGUGAGUAGUCAUCAUAAAAUCAGCUGUUAGUGAAACGAUCUCUAGUGAACUCUUUUGAGACACAAAUGAAAGAUCCUACAAGUUACUAAAAUAUACAAAUAGGAUAGUUUCAACGCUAUCAUCUAAGCACAAACCGGUCUAGAAGGAUGUUGCAUCACUGGCCUAUGGGCCUGCCUGGAUCUAACUUGACCAUUAAAUCGGCAGUCAAUGUUGGUCUUUGGAGGCAUUGGGAUCAGUUUCGUUCUACGUUUUGAAAAGGAGGUAAGCUAAAAGAGCGACCAAAAGCAAUGAAGGGGUUGCUGAGAUAUUUUCUAAUAAAGUUCAACCAUAAAUUUCCCAAGAAUAAUUCAGGCACCACAGCAUGACAGCUUAGAGCACCCUCACCCAUUCAGAGGAGUCUCCGGGAAAAGGGGACCUCACAUCAGUACUUAUGAAAAUUUAAAUAUAAGCCUCCAAAUUCUGGAUAAAUCUAUACCAACUCAGCAUUGACAGCACCCUUGUUGGAUACUGGAACUUGAUUUUUUUUUCUUUUGAUUUACAGUAGUCAUAUAUUUUUAUUGUGAUAUGGAAAGCACAAUCAUUUAUUUUGUAGAAGGCUAGAACAGUAUUUUUUUUUACUCUUAAGGUAAUAGAAAUGUAUCCAGUGAAUGUAAUCUCCUCCAUCCUAAGAACAUGAGACCCUUGGACAUCAGGUAAUCUUCCACUAAUAACUGGAGAUAGAUGUGAGUAUAAUCUACAGUGAUCCAAAAUGUUUCAUGAGGGCUCCACGUUAUUGUUCCUUUUGAAUGAUUUUUGUAAUACAUACUUGAUUUCAGUUGUUUUAAGGUUUCCCUUUUGUUAUAUAUUUGUUCUCCUUAGAAAACAUAUUUCAGAGUGGAUGAGAAGGAGAAAAAAAAAUCCAUUUGUUCCAAAGAAUAACUCGGUCAACCCAGUGGAGCGUAAUGUUCAAAUGCCAAUCAAAGCCUGAAAGGUGCAUUGGAAUAUCAUGUCCCUGAGGCUAGAUGUAUCUGUGCUAAUAUGCAGAAUCAAUUCAGUCAAUUUGAAGAAAAUUAAUAGUAAAGUUGCACAAACUAUAUUUUUAAAUCACCAAAUUUUGUAGUUUAUACCUACCUUAGGGAAUCCUAUUUUCAAGUAUGAAAAAUGGCAUAAUGGAAAGGUUGUUUAAAGAAGUACUUCUUAGACAGGUGAGGAAAGAUGUUCUGUAAACCAGGGUAGACCCAGCACCACAAAGCACCCUGCGCCAUGCUGAGGUGCUUGGGCUGCUGAGCAGCGGUUGGUUUUCCAAAUGUUAGUGGCACAGGUUAGGAUGAGAGCUUUCUCACGUAAUAAUCUUGAAAUAGCUUAAAAAAAUAAAUACUCAAAUUAUAUUAAAAGGUACAAAGUAAAAAUAUGGGAUUCUUUCUUAGUAUAUCAAGAAGAAUGAUUACCUGGGGCUUCGGCGAAGAAAGGGUAUUCUUCUAAGACGUGUUAUAAUGUGUGCUAAUAGCUUCUAAAGGCAGAACAUGGCAUGAAGGUCAGGAAUAUCCCAAUGCCACAGACAGACCCUUAAAAGGCUCUGAGGGUUAGCUGCUAUCUGAAGUUAGAGGGACUAUGGGUGUGCUUCUUGAAGUGUCGAAAGUGAAAAGAAAAAUUUAAUUCUUUAAGCCCGACAGGGAAGGAUGUAAAUACAAGUUUUUUCUAGCUAUCUAACCUUUAUUUCAAAACUUGAAUUAUUCAUCCAUCUAUAAAUGUUGAUUAUUUAACUAGUGUGUGUAGUUCAUAAGGUAAUAGAAAAGGUAAAGAUCAUGAAAGCAUGUAUAUAACUGGGCAGACCAUGAAAAUGCUGUAAGAUGUAGAUUUAGUUAAGUUAUCAGACAUUAAAUGAUUUUAAUAUUAUUAAAUAAACUAAGUUAGAAAAUUAACCACAAACUAUAAUGUAACAAAAUAAAAUGCAGGAUACGAAAGUGUAGGUUGGAUUUUGCAAAGUAAAAAAUAAGUUUACCCUUUAAAAUUGCUAUUUGUUAGGUAUAUCUGAAAGUAGGCAUGUAGAGAGCUGGUUCCACUUGCGAAAAUUUGUUUAAAGAACUACAAUUAAUUUUUUUCCUCAUAUUCUUACUCCUUUACCUUUUAAAAAUGUAUUAAAUGUAAAGAGAAAUUUUUAGAAUCUGUCUUGCAAGCACCACCUUGAAGAGUUUAACAGGCAAAUAUGUUGAUUAUGACUUGAAGUGGGGGUCUCUCAAUGAAGUCCGUGAAAAUGCAAAUGUUCUAUUACCUUAUGCAGAGACAGAGAAUGAGUGGUGCCAUUGACUAAGCAAACAACACAUUUAAUUUGUGACAUGUCCUUUCUUUUUCCUUGAUACCUCUGGUUUCCCAAAACAAACAGGAAUUAGUUAACAAUAUUCUGAUAAAGAAUUGCUAAAACCAGCAUUUCAAACUGCUGUAUCUCCAUUAUUUUGGACUCUAAUUAUUAAACUGAUGAUUUGUAAUACAGCAAAUAAGAAAUCCAGGUGUGUAGGCUGCUAGUUGUUAAAAAAAAAUCUGAUAAAUUCACUCCUGUAUAUGCUAUGGACAGAUACUUCUGCUGUGCCUCUCCUUGUGUAUACAGGAUUUUGGAGGACAGCCUUGUACCCAUGUAGACACAUAAAGGCAGACUCAUGUCUUCUAGUUGCCAUUUGCUUGAGAAAGAAUAGCAAUAGAGAGAUAGACUGGGUAUAAUUUAAAAUGCCAAGAUCAGAGGAGGCCUUAAUAUUACAGAUAUUGUAGUGGGGCCAGGUUUUAUAUUUCUGGGUAGAAUUGAUACAAUAUUCUAAUCCCAGAGAUGUCUUUGCAGAGUAGUUGUUUCUAUAGUUACAAACAUGAAGCUGUUGUGGACACUUUGUUGGGUCAGGAAAACCUUUUCCUUGUGUGGACAAAUGGCUUUAAAGCCAUGGGCUGCUUUGUUAUGUUCAUUAACAGAAAAGUCCCCAUUAAAAAAAAGUAGAAAAUUGAGACACUCUGUUCAAGUCCCCCUGAUUUUGUAAAAAUGUAGGGUGUGCCACUUUUGUGGACCCCUGCCUCACCUCUUCCCAGCCAGGUGAUAUUUUGGGCAGAAGAAAAUGCUUCUCUGGUCAUGAGCUGAAAAGACUCUAAGCCCCAAUUUCAUGGAUGUUCUCAUGCUUUCCCUGGAAAAUACCCUUUGACCCUCAGUUUUGCAAGUGGUUAUCUUGGUAGGUAUCAUAGAAAUGCUCAUUUCUCUCUGGACCUUAGAGGAAAAUACCAUCCUCUUUCCUUUCCCAUUGGCACAACCACCUCCAUUGUCUUCACUUUUCCACCACUCUAGUUUGGAGUGGUCCCUCGAUGCUGUAUCUCUCUUAAGCCAUAGUGGAUCUCUGAGGUCCCAUACCCUGCUUUGUGAAAUAAUGACUCAGCCUCUUCUCUCACAUGCCUGACUUUUUCAUAAAAUAUCCCAGCAAUUUGGACAUUAUUUGAACUAUGUGCAAAUAAAUUACUGCACAUAACAUACUUUGUGAUAUUAAUUUUUUCUUCAUGUUUCUCCAUGAAGAUUGAUUCCUUUACUAUGUCCUUCUCUGUAGGAUUUGAGAUGAGUCAGCUCCGUGAUGAAUCUUGAAACUCACAUAGGGGCACAUGCCCUUGGUAGGUCUCAGAUUUAAUCUUUUCAUGAAAACCUUACAUAUCACUGAGAAGUUAGUUUUGCCAGCACAUUAACUUAUUUACUUUAUCUUAUUUUAUUCCUGGUCACAAAUAUUGUAUAGCUGCUGUAUUUUUUUCCCCCGCAACUGAAGAGUCUUAGUAUCCUAAAAGGUAAAGGCUAUUCAGCUUUGGGAAUCCCCUAUAAUCUUUUAUUGGUUUCAGUCAUCCAUCUAAGAAAUAUGUAAUGAGUGCAGUUUCACUGUAAUGGAAAUUCAUGUUGUCCACGAGGUUGCCAUUCUUUCUCUGCUUAUGCUCUCUAAGGACAUUUUUCUUUCAAGACUCUACUGAGUUUGACCCAUAUCAUGAGACAUGGUUAUAUUUGUACAAAUAUACAAAUAUAAGAAAACAAAGUUUCAUACCUGUAGGCAAUAGUCUAACUUGUCCAAGCCACUUUGCCUUUACUGCUAUUUUUAUCCCUGAUGUGUAAAGUGUGCCCCAGCCUGUAGCCUUUUGAAGGAAAGCAAAUCAUACAUCCUAUAUAUUGACAUAACCUGGUUUUUGCAUCUCAUUUCCAGAUUUUUCAGUCAAUGAAGGGUUGUACUUUUCCCCUCGCGUGAAAGUCAUUUUCCUGUAUAUUUCUGGAUCUCUCAGGGGCUGGGAGGAGGGAGUGAAGGGACUGCACCAUAGCACUCCAAGAACCCUUUUGGGAUUACUACAGUAAUCAACUACAAAAGUUAUUUUCUAAUUGUAGAUAUGUGGGCUGUUCUUUUAAAGUAAGGUACUUUGAAAUAUGUAGCAUAAAUUGGUACUGCUGUUAAAUGGGUCGAUUACUAAACUGAGCAGCUGUCCACGGGCAGCUAACUUUGAAUGCACAUCUCACUGGCUGUUGCGUCUACAUCUCAUGUUGUGAGCUCCAGGGACUUGCAUUGCUGCAUGUCGAAACUGCGUUGUCUCAUGGUAUGACUAGUUGUUCAUGUCUUUCUUGAGCACCAUUGUAACAAGAUCGAAUGAAAAUGAGACCAAUCUGUAAGACAAUUCAUAGCACAAAAAAAUGUCAUGUUAAAUCUUCUUUCAGACACUCAUCUCAUACAAGCAUCACAAUAGUUACUAAGAUCAGGUGUUAAUGGGAGACACUACCAAAAAGACAGAGGCUUAAGGUAUUUUAUACGUUUGUAUUCGUUUCCUUGUGUUCUUAACUUGUAAAGAGAAAACAAGCCCUCUCUCUUAUGAAGUACCUUCAAAGGACAGAGGUGCAAAAAUGCCUAGUUGGUAAGCCAUCAGUGUUUCAUUUAAACCCCAGUGUUCAAAGUUAGCUGCCUUUUGAAAUAAAAAAUACUACUGUAUGUUUGAAAAUGUGAAUAGUAUUUUUAUAGCUUGUUAAAGACAUGGCUAGUUGCAUUUGUAAAUAAGGAUAAUGUUGCUUUGAUUUUCGUUUGUGGACAUCUUUAUUUGGAACAUAAUUGUCUUUAGGGUUGAUUUGUAUAUAAGUAAUCGGCUUGUGAUUGUUUCUUUUUGGUUGGAAGUUAUAAUUUUGACAUUACUUGUGAUUCUGUGUUCAGCACUAUUGUGACAUGUUCAACCUCUGCACUCGCUUACACAAUAGGAUAUGACAAUUGUGUGUUGUAAAAUGUUAUUUUGAUUUUUUUCUAUUUUAUCUAUGAAGGAUUAUGCACUUAACUCAUACUAACUUUUUUAAUGUUAGGUAUAUUUUUAGUAUAAUUUCCUUAAUCUUUUUUCUUCUGUAACCCUUCACCCCCUUCUUUUCCCCCUUCCCCCUACUUCUGUUGUUAUUUGAAAAUAAGAGACACUGUCUUUUAAAUUUCUGUAAUUAGGCUUUUCAGUUAGUUCUCAAGGAUCCUCUCUUGGCUCUUGGGAAAGAAUUGUACCUGUACAAGGCAAUUAUAGAAUGCGACCUGCUUUGCCUCAUUCCGUACUGAUCAUCCCAGCUGAACAAUUUGAAAACUGUUCUGCUUUUUUGUUACAUGAAUCUGUCAGAAAUAUAUUUUUAAUUUAAUAUAAAUGAAAUUCAA